AUGCCCGAGAAGGAUGGUUCGCGUGACAAUUGCGGGGGUUUCGGCGCAGCACCAAAGUUUGUUGUGCAUCCUCGCUUCAACCCUCGUGGCUUAAACGGCGCGGACCGCAUCCCGACGUACACGUCGCGUCAUUGUGCAUGGCAUAUGUGGGAGCUGCGCCCCAUACAACCGGCGCCCGACGUGGAGCCUACGCGCGGCAGCGGACCUCAACGACGCCCGGGACUUGUCUGCAGGCACCACCGGGUCGUUGACAUCGUGGGCUGA